GACUUAAAAAAUUACAUAAAAACAAAUUGGUUGGUUCUUUAUCUCCCUGGCCCUUUUAAUGAAUUAUUAAUGCAAAGCAAAUUAGGUUCUUGCUACAAACUAAAAAGGCUAUGACAGGCUAUUGCUAUUUGGACGUAGAAUUGAAAUUACGCGACGAAGAAAAAGCAGUGGUGACGCCUGCUUACUUUCUAGGGAGCAUAGAAGAUUCAUUACAGAGUUUAUUCGGCGAAAUUGGUGGGCAAACUGAUUUGGAGCUGGUAAAGUUCGACAACACACAAAAACGUGCAAUUCUCAGAGUUCAGAAAGAAUUCCUUCCCCGCACGCGUGCAGCCAUUACGCUUAUUGGACAUUUUCAAGACAUUCCUUGUCAUUUCAUGUUGAGAAACAUAUCUGAGAAAAACUAAAAUUUUAAGUCUCUUACACACAUGCACUUUAGUCAAGAUGUCGUACUGUAAGUCAUUUGGCAAAGACAAAGUUUGUUUCGUUACAAAAGAAGAUCAUGCAAUACCAAGCACUGUUGAAUUGCCGCCACCAGAGCCUGCACAGGGUCUUAUAACAAGUGAUGGUGAAAUAAAUUGGAGUUGCCCAUGCUUGGGUGGUAUGGCAACUGGUCCAUGUGGUGUGGAAUUUCGGGAUGCGUUCUCAUGCUUCCACUAUAG